AUGUCCGUGUAUGGAGCUUCUGCGAAGUAUCAGAUUCCACGAAGUACUCUCAUCCGGCGGAUCGCCUCACCAGAUGUGCCCAAGAAGAUGGGACCGAAAUCUACUGUUUUCACGCUUGAGCAAGAACAGGAACUUGUUCGGCACCUGCAUGAUCUGGAAUCGCGGUUCUACGGAAUUAAUAUGACGGACGUGCAGAAGCUCGCGUAUGAGUUGGCGGAAAAGAAUGGGAUACCCCAUUCGUUCAACAGAAAGAAGCAGCUAGCGGGACGAGACUGGCUUCACGGAUUUUUAAAGCGGAAUCCAACUCUAUCCUUCCGCAAACCGGAAGCGACAUCUACGGCACGUGCCAGAGGGUUCAAUAAACCCUCUGUGAAUGCUUUUUUUGAUAUGCUGGAAGCAACAUUGACCGACAAAGGGUUCCCGCCUUCGCGUAUAUACAACGCAGAUGAAACCGGGAUCAGUACCGUCCCUCCCAAGAAACAGAAAAUAGCAGCAAAAAAGGGGAAGAAGCAGGUGGGUUCCAUCACGUCGGCAGAUAGAGGAGACACGACAUCAGUAGUUAUGUGCAUGUCUGCGGCUGGUCAUCACCUGCCACCCUACGUUAUAUUUGCUAGGGCACGGAUGCACGAAUCGUUAAAAAAGGGAGCGCCAAGUGGAACCAAGUUCUCUUGUAACCCUUCUGGAUACAUGACCGCAGAUAUCUUCCUGGAUUGGUUUGAGCACUUCCUGGAAAAUGUGCACCCAACUGUGAGCAAUCCCGUUCUUUUGAUCAUAGACGGUCAUAGUUCGCAUACGAAGAACUUGGCGUUCGCAGAAAGAGCUCGAGCGAAUUUUGUAACAGUGUUGGUUUUACCACCACACUGCAGCAAUAAAAUGCAGCCACUCGACAUCUCUUUCAUGGGGCCGUUUAAAAUCCACUACGCGAGUGCAGCAGAAGCCUUCAUGCGGAAAUAUCCGGGACGUAACAUCGGUCAAUAUGACGUAGCCGAAUUGAUGGGCACUGCGUUUGUAAAAGCCGCCACUACAAGCGUGGCCAUCAACGGUUUCAAAAAGUCCGGAAUAUGGCCGGCAGAUCGAACAGUAUUUCCAGACGAAGCCUUCGCGCCAUCCGAAGUGACCGACCAGCCUGAAGCAACUGAUUCAACGGAUGUGCAACAUUGUGGUACGCCUAUGCAAAACUCGGCUAUCGUCGUGUUGAACGACUCGGCCGAAGAACAACCAUAUACAGUUGGUACUUCUUCAGGUAAUCCCGAAAACAGAAAUAACGCCCUGAGUCAAGUUUCUGAAACUCCUCCGAAAUCUUCGUUCGAGGUGUCACCGUCGCAGAUUCGUCCGCUACCAAAAAUGGCAACAGUAACUGGUUUGGACCUCGAGAUAUAG